UCUUUUGUUCGUAUGCUGUAUGCACACUAAAUUCCCGCUUCCUUUUUUUUUUCCCGCUCAGUGAGACAAAAACCCUAAGAAGCUAUUAAGCGAGAAAUGGGGCUGAAGCAAGCAGCAGCUGAUCCAAUAUCAGAUGCUAAAAAGCGAAGGCGAGUCGGGUUUAAUGUCGUUGAUGUUGGAAUCGAGGCCAAUGAGUGUAUUAAAAUUUACCUAGUUAACAGCAAAGAUGAAGUUGAUGCUGCGUCCGGCUUUCUAAUUGAACCCAUUGACCUGAAUCAGUUUUUCGGUGAAGAUGGGAAAAUAUAUGGCUAUAAAGAUUUAAAGAUCAUCAUCUGGUUAAGUACCAUUUCAUUACAUGCGUAUGCUGAUAUUACAUUUCAGAGCACAUCUGAGGGAGGGAGAGGGAUCACAGAUCUGAAGCCUGCACUGCAGAAUAUAUUUGGUGAAUCUCUGGUUGAGAAAAAGGAUGAUUUCCUCGAUACUUUCACUGCUGAGAGUCAUUAUAUCAGAACCAUCAUUUCAAAUGGAGAGGUCAUACAUUAUAAAGCCCCCAAGGGACAUAAUGGUGAAACUAAUGGUUGUCUGGAAUCAGAAGCUUCAAGUGUGGAGGUCAUUUGCAUGCCUGUAAACAGUAUGCCUGUUGGGCAACUUUACAGUCGGUUGGUGCCACUUGCACUUCUUCUUGUUGAUGGUAGCAGUCCUAUUGAUAUCACUGAUCCAAAAUGGGAGAUCUAUCUUGUGGUUCAGAGAACAGAUCAACAGGGGGAUAUUAAUUUUAAGUUGAUUGGCUUUGCAGCUGUUUACCGCUUCUAUAAAUAUCCUGAUGAUUCACGCUUGCGAAUUAGCCAGAUACUAGUUUUGCCACCAUACCAGGGUCAAGGUCAUGGUCGUCACCUUUUGGAGGUUCUCAAUCAUGUUGCAGUAUCUGAAAAGAUGUAUGAUGUCACAGUAGAAGAGCCAUCUGAUUAUCUUCAACACGUGCGUACUUGCAUUGACACGCUUCGCCUGCUUGCUUUUGACUCAAUUCAGCCAUCAAUUAAUUUGGCAGUCUUGCAUCUAAAGCAAGGGAAAUUUUCUGAAGGAAACUGCAGGCUUCAGUUGGAUCCAUCUGCAUCUGUAGUAGAGGAUGUUAGAAAGAAUUUGAAGAUCAACAAGAAACAGUUUAUUCAAUGCUGGGAGGUUCUCAUCUAUCUUGGACUUGGUUCCAUUGACCAAUACAUGGAGAAUUACAUGACCUUUAUUUCUGAACGUAUCAAGAUUGAUAUAUUGGGGAAAGAAUCUGAUACUGCUGGAAAGCGGGUGAUUGAGGUUCCAAAUGAUUAUGACCAUGACAUGACUUUUGUAAUGUUCCGUACACAAACUGGUGGUGAAGCAGGCGGUGCCCAGAUUGACAAAACUCAAACUAAUCAAGAGGAGCAAUUGCGUCAGUUAGCCGAGGGACGGAUGAAAGAGAUCAAGUUGGUUGCAGAGAAGGUUUCUUCACGUCGUGUGUGAAGUCGGGUGAGCCACUCUGUCUGUCUCUUGCUGGUGUUGUGGGCCUGUGGCCAAUCAAGAGGUCUCAACUCUGCCAAAAAGUGCAGCCUCUUUGAUUUAAUUUUUGAUGGGGCUUGCUUGUAAAUUAUGUAGCAGCAGCAUUUAUAUUUUUGCUCUCUUUAAUCUAUCAAUUGAUUACAAAUGCCUGUUUAAUCAUUUAGUUAUAAUCUUAAGUUUUAUGUGAUUCCGAGCAA